CACGAGCACGGCCAUCGCCCAGCCAAGCGUGAUACUAUGCGCCACAUUUUGGGAAUGUGUUGCAGAAACAGCAAUUCCUUUAAAGGAUUGGCAUUGACGCGAUCGUCGUCCCAUAUCACCCAUUUGGAAGGAGGAGCGUCGAGCGUGGAGCAUGGAAGAUCGAACGAUGGGAUCGAGUAUCCGGGCCACAUGCACAUGGAACACCCAAGCAUGCGAUUCGAUAGCAUCCCUCAUAUAAAUUAACCCUCUCGCACCCGGCCACCCGAGACAUUGAUCCUCUUCAUAUUACGGACCCAUGGCAAGUGUAACCUGCAUACUCAGCUCCUAGUCCCUACCUUCGAACACCGUCGAUCACGUUUCGUCAAAUACCCGAGGGGUCAACCCGAAAACCGGAAAGACAUGUCUUUCUGGCGCCGGCCAUUCAGUCGCCGGCAGGGCGAUGACGCCGCCGCCGCGCAGAACACCGAUGAGGGUGAGGUUUCGGAUGGCAGCCUGCACUACGUCGUCGAGAAAGGUGGCAAUGACUCGCUGCCGUCGUACCAGGAGGCCGGGGGUGCCCCUGUCGAGACCAAUUCGCCCUUGGGGUACGCCGUCGGCCCCGUCACCAUCGUCUUCCUCAAUAUCAGCAAGAUGAUCGGGACGGGUGUCUACUCGACCCCCUCGAGCAUCCUGGUCGGUACCGGUUCCGUCGGCCUGAGCAUGAUCUACUGGGCCCUCGGUUUCCUCACGUCCAUCGCUUCCCUGUCCGUCUACCUCGAAUACGCCUCCUACUUCCCGAACCGCUCGGGCUCCGAGGUCGUGUACCUGGAGCAGGCGUUCCCGCGGCCGAGGUGGUUCUUCCCGACCGCGUUCGCCGCGCUGGCUGUCGUGUUGUCCUUCAGCAGUGGCAACUCAAUUGUCCUCGCACAGUACCUCUUUCGCGCCAGUGGCCACGUGCCGACCGGCUGGGAAAUGAAAGGAGUUGCCGUGGCUGGAUACACAGUUGCCGUCUUGCUUGUCGCCUUCAACACCAGGGUCUCGUAUGCAAUCUCCAACGCGGUCGGCAUUGUCAAAGUCAUCACCCUUGUUUUCAUCGCCAUCACGGGUCUCGUGGUGCUGGGCGGUCAUACCAGAGUGGCCGAGCCGACGGCGAAUUUCAAGAAUUCAUUCGAUGGCAAGGCGACUCCGUAUGGGCUGACGAACGCCCUUGUGAAGAUCAUCUUCUCGUAUGCGGGGUAUGAGAACGCGUUCAACUUUGUCAACGAAGUGAAGAACCCGGUGAAACAACUCCGACGAAAUAGUUUCAUUGCGCUCUUCAUCGUUGCUAUUCUAUAUAUCUUUGCAAACGUCGCCUAUUUCGCUGCCGUACCCCUCAAAGAUCUCAGGGCCGCAAGUCAGAUAUCCGCUAGCCUGUUCUUUACGGCCGUUUUUGGCGAGGGCAAUGCCGUCAAGGGGUUGAAUGUGUUGAUUGCCCUGAGUUCCUUUGGCAACCUCCUUGCAGUACUGCUGGGAUCGGCCAGAAUGGUCCGCGAAUGUGGAAGGCAAGGAGUGCUUCCAUUCACCAGUUUCUGGGCCUCCACGAGACCCUUCGGAACACCUCUGGGACCAUACUUGCUCAAAUGGUUCUUGACCGUGCUGAUGGUCCUCGCGCCUCCAGCCGGGGAUGCGUUCAACUUCAUCGUCGACCUCCAGGUCUACCCUUCCACCUUCUUCAACUUCGCCAUGGGGAUUGGCCUCUAUCUGCUUCGGUGGCGGCGCAAGAAGAUUAAUCUGCCGCCACCAAGCUUCCGUGCCUGGCAUUCCAUCAUCAUCUUCAAGAUCCUGGUGGACCUGUAUCUGCUCAUCAUGCCUUGGUAUCCACCUCUCGGCGGCAAGUACGGUGGCGAUGUCAGUUUCUGGUAUGGCACAUACGUGGUGACGGGCAUCGUUAUCAUCGGGGCUUGUGGGGUCUACUAUGCGGUGUGGGUUUACCUGCUGCCCAAAGUUGGCGGGUACAGACUCCGACAGGAAGUCCUGGUGCUAGACGACGGUGCCCGGACUCAUCAAAUCAUCAGGGUCCCUGUGGAGGAGGUGGGCCACUGGGAUGCCACGCACGACUCUGUUGGCCGUCCACUGGGGGACGCCCACAGCGACUCCCACGAGAGCCAGGAAGUGGUUAGGGAGCAGAAGGUGUAAGCUGCGGAUGCGGACUUGCGGAGAAGUGAAACGGGGCGACAAGAAACAGAUUGGCAACCGGAGUCCGUGUGGCCAGACAAGAACGAACAUGGGGCGGCUGCUUUCUGCAUCAGAUGCUUAGCAUGCAGAUCAACCAAACUUCCCCGGCGGCGAUCGGGCGGAUGGAUUCUGCGG